AGGGGCAGGGCGGGAGUCUAGCAGGUCAUGUGUCAAAAGAGAUCACGUGACUCCCUGCCCCCCCCCCCCAAUUGAAGGUAGUGGGCGGGGAGGAGGGAGCGCUUGGUAGCUCUCAUCUCUCCCGGAAGGAAAGACUAAAGAAGGGAAGAGCGACGGCGCAGUUGAAUUUGCUGGUCGGGUGCUGGUGACAGGCACUCUUUUCUCUCUGUCCCCCCUACAGAGCAAGGCACCAUGCAGAGCGUCAUCAACACGGUGAAGGGGAAGGCGCUGGAGAUGGCUGAAUACCUCACACCUGUGCUAAAGGAAUCAAAGUUUAAAGAAACUGGAGUUAUCACUCCUGAGGAGUUCAUAGCAGCUGGAGACCAUUUAGUUCACCACUGUCCUACUUGGCAAUGGGCUACUGGAGAAGAAUUAAAAGUCAAGGCCUACCUCCCAGCAGAUAAACAGUUUUUGGUUACUAAAAAUGUGCCGUGCUACAAGCGAUGUAAACAGAUGGAGUAUUCGGAUGAACUGGAAGCUAUUAUAGAAGAGGAUGAUGGAGAUGGAGGAUGGGUGGACACAUUUCACAAUGCAGGUAUUGCAGGAGUGACAGAAGCCAUUAAGGAGAUCACAGUGGAAAAUAAGGACAGUACAAAGUUAUCAGAAUGCUUAGUUUCCUGUGAAGAUGAUGAUGAUGAUCAUGAUGAUGAUGAGGGAGAGGCAGCUGAUAUGGAAGAAUACGAGGAGAGUGGACUGUUGGAGACAGAUGAUGCAACAUUAGAUACAAGAAAAAUAGUGGAAGCUGCCAAGACUAAAGCUGAUGUUGGAGGUGGAGAAGAAGCUAUUCUACAGACUAGGACUUAUGAUCUUUAUAUCACGUAUGACAAAUACUACCAAACACCCAGGCUUUGGUUAUUUGGCUACGAUGAGCAACGGCAGCCUUUAAAUGUAGACAGUAUGUAUGAAGAUAUUAGUCAAGAUCAUGUCAAAAAGACUGUGACAAUUGAAAAUCACCCCCAUCUUCCUCCACCUCCAAUGUGUUCAGUUCAUCCAUGCAGGCAUGCAGAAGUGAUGAAGAAAAUAAUCGAAACGGUGGCAGAAGGUGGGGGAGAACUUGGUGUUCAUAUGUACCUUCUGAUUUUUUUGAAAUUUGUACAAGCAGUCAUUCCAACAAUAGAAUAUGAUUACACAAGACACUUUACAAUGUAAUUACUGGAAAUAAAGUUUAUGGUAAUUAUUGAUUCUAAUUUUUAAAAAGAAUAACCCAAUGUGACUGACUUGUUGAUCCACCACUGUGUACAAUUUCUGUGAUGUAUCACUUCUCUCAAGUUUAUGCAUCAAAAUAAAAUUCCUCUAUCAGCCUUACUUUUUAAUAAAGAUCUUUAUGUGUAAAAACAAUAAAUCAAUUUUUUCAUUCCU